AUGGCACCACAAUUAAGAGAGCAGGCCCCCCUUGGCGAGGACAGCGCUCUGAUUGCCCGUGAGGAAACUGGUGACUUCUUAGAUUCGCGAUCCAAUGAUGCUGGAAAUCGAGAGAAUUGGGUCCAUAAACGGAUCUCUUCUCGUCUGUAUAUCUCGCAUUUCCUGUCAACAUGGAACUCUCGCGUCUUCGAGUUCGGAGCUGUCCUAUACCUAGCAUCGAUCUACCCACAUACACUACUACCUAUGUCUGUCUAUGCUCUUUCCUGUGGUGUGGUGGCCAUCCUUUUCGCGCCAGCGGUUGGACACUAUAUUGAUAUCGGCAAUCGGCUCCGGGUUGUUCGAUUUUCCAUUGUAUGGCAGCGGCUUGUAGUGAUCGCAUCGUGCGUCAUCUUUUAUGUGCUAGCAAUCAAUAUACCAACAACGCGGACAGUCGAUCUUUACUUGCUGGCAAUUUUAGCCCUUCUAGCCUGUGUGGAGAAGCUAUGCUCCAUCAUAAAUAUGAUCUCAGUAGAGAGAGACUGGGUUGUAGUUGUUGCUGGUGAAGAUCACGCCGCUCUGACAGCGAUGAAUGCCCGGAUGAGGCGAAUUGACCUGAUCUGCAAACUUUUUGGGCCUCUGUUCAUUUCUCUUAUAGAUGGUAUAUCUACAGAGACAGCUAUUCUUCUUAAUCUCGGGAUGAACACAUGCUCGGUAUUUUUUGAAUACUUUGCAAUCGCCAGGGUAUACUAUGAUGUACCCGAACUGCAGAAAUCAAAGCGCUCAGAUGGUCACAUACCACCAUACGUGGCGCCAGGGCGACACAGCGCCAUUGUACGUAUAUGGUGUUCUUGCUGCAACAUAGCCCAGAAAGCCCUAAGGGAUUUCAACUCUUAUUUUCGCCACGCUGUCUUCCUUCCAUCGUUUGCCGGCGCGUUACUCUAUCUUACCGUUCUAUCAUUCGGGGCACAGAUGGUCACUUGGCUUCUGGCCGCGGGCUAUAGCUCGGCCCAGAUUGCUAUUACGAGAACACUGUCGGUUAUAUUUGAGGUGCUCGCGACAUGGGUUGCUCCCUGGCUGAUGGGAAGAGUUGGACCUAUUCGGGCCGGCCUGUGGUUUUCUAAUUGGCAGAUUGUUUGCCUAGGGGCUGGAUUAUCCGUCUUCUGGAGACAUGCUGACUACUCUUUCAUCUCAGCGGCCGGUCUUGUUGGCGGUACAAUUUUUAGCCGUAUCGGCCUGAGGGGGUUUGAGCUUUGUGCCGAGCUUAUUAUUCAAGAGGGUGUUGAAGCUGAAUCUCGAGGUACUUUCUCGUCAACUGAGGCUGCAUGGCAGAAUUUCUUUGAGAUUUGCUCGUUUAUUUCAACCAUCGUAUUCUCCCGUCCAGCUCAAUUCAGAUGGCCCGCCAUUAUCAGUUUGAUUGCGGUUAGCAUUGCGGGUGCACUAUACAUGAUGUUCGUUCGGAUUCAGCGGGGCCAUCUAGUGCAUUUACCAGAGUGUUUGUCCCAGGAUCGCCUGCACCGAUCAAGGGAACGUGGCCUGGAAAGAAUUCUCUCGUCUCCAGAUUUCUAA